UUGGACCGAGGUAAACACAGUUAGCUGCAGCUAGCGACUGUUGAAGUGUGCGUAUUCACCGACUUAAAAUGGCAAAGAAAACGGAGUAUUUCGUGGAUUUUUGAAUGUGAUAACGUUAAAGAAAUCUGUAUCCACGCUCCAUCCCUAGAUCUGGAUCUCUUUCCUCAGCCAUGUCGUCACGUGUGUUGCUGCGGCAGCAGCUGAUGCGAGAACAAGCCCAGGAGCAGGAGAGACGCGAGGCCCAGCACCAGGCCUCUGCUUCUCAGCUCCGGGCCUCUGACUCCACUCCAGCUAUCUCUGUCACACUGCCCCCAAAUGCGGCCCGUCCACCUCCAGCGCAGGUGCCGGUGGAGGUGCUGAAGGUGCAGACCCACUUGGAGAACCCCACCAAGUACCACAUCCAGCAGGCACAGAGGCAGCAGGUGAAGCAGUAUCUCUCCACCACUCUGGGCAACAAAGCGGUUACUCAGACGAUGGGUCUGUCUCCUGUGCCACAAUGCAGUUCUGCCCCUGAAGUUGCCCCCACUGCCAGCAGUGCCCCUAACAGUCCCAUGGCUCUGCUCAACAUCGGAUCCAACAAGGAGGAAAUUGACGAUGUGAUCGACGACAUCAUUAGUCUUGAAUCCAGUUUUAAUGACGACAUCAUUACAUUGAUUGACUCAGGUCUCCAGCUGCCCAGCACGCUCCCAGGAAAUCUGUUGGAUGUGUACCAUAGCCCUGGAAUGGCAGCACCUACUCUCACUGUCAGCAACUCCUGCCCAGCUGAUCUUCCAAAAAUUAAAAGGGAAAUUACCGAUUCAGAUGCCAAAGCAAUUAUGAAAGAAAGGCAGAAGAAAGACAACCAUAACCUCAUUGAGAGGAGGCGGAGAUUCAACAUCAAUGACCGUAUAAAGGAACUUGGUACCCUGAUACCCAAGUCUAGCGAUCCCGAGAUGCGCUGGAAUAAAGGCACCAUUCUGAAAGCGUCUGUAGACUACAUCAGGAAGCUACAGAAAGAGCAACAGAGAGCCAAGGAUGUCGAGAUGCGACAGAAAAAGCUGGAGCAAGCAAACCACAGUUUAAUGAUGCGCAUCCAGGAGCUGGAAAUGCAGGCACGGGUCCACGGCCUUUCUACAAACAACAGCAUAUCCUCUAGUCUGAGUUCCGAUACCUCCCUGCUUCAGCAGCAGCCAGUCUCACAGAGUGGCCAGUCCCUGCCUACCAGCGCGGGAAUGGCUUCCUCCUCCUUUAACCUCCUCAGCCUGGGUUCGACAGCUGUUGGACAGCCUCUGCCGGCCUCCUUCCUGUCCCCGCCCUCCUCAGACUCUCCCGCGGGAGUCACCAUCAGCAGCCCCCUGGACCUGGGCAGCCUUAGCUUUGCCGAGCUAGACGACACCUCCGCCUCAGCACUCUAUCCCGACGUUGGCUUGGGAGACAUUCUCAUGGACGAGGGCUGCACCUUGUCUCCAGAGAGGGGGGACGGGUCGCUGUUUUCUCCUUUGUCACCAGGUGCCUCUAAAACCAGCAGUCGCAGGAGCAGCCUCGAUAUGGACGAGGACUUGUGAUGAGCUCUGCGUGGUGGUCACACACCAAGAGAGAGACUGUCCGUAGGGAUAAGAAUGUCAGGAAGUGCAGCCUUGCUUCAAAUAACGCAAGUCUAUUGAUAGCACUGUUGAACUGAACUAACAUGAACGUUGCAUCAGGAGAAAGUUCUUUGCCAUACAGAUGUAAUUGGAACUGUUCCUGUUUGGAGCUGUUUAAACGAUUAUGUCUGGGUUUAUAAAUGCAAUCUUAUUAAAAAUGGAAUUAUGGUAUAAUAGGGACAUGCACAUAAGCAUAAAGAAAUUAUUAAAUAGUUUUUAAGAUUUUCUUCAGAGAUUUAAGAGGGAUAUAAAGUUUGCGUGAAUUUUAUUAUGUGCUCAUUUAUAGGGAAGAAAGCUGUGAGGUUUCUUUUUCAUGACAUUGGCAUGACAAACUGAUCGAGAGAUGCCAAGAUAUAUGUAUAUAUACAUAUAUAUAUAUUCUUUUUUUUUCUUUUUUCAACUGACUGGAAUCAGGUUUUGUUAAUAGCAGUCUAGCAUGCUCAUUCUUGUUGGGUUGUUUCACCAGCAGCUACAGAAGGGAUCUUUGUAAAGUGAAUUGGAACAUUGUUGAAAUAUUGACUUCAUAUUGUAAAUAAGAAUAUUUUAUUUUGAGCAAUUUUAUUGCACCUUAUUUUAUGGCAGUCUAUGCAUUUAAUGAAAGCUUUUGUCUGUUUUAUUACUAUUACACACAGUCAACAGCUAACGCCCGGGAUGCAUGUAUUUGUAAUAAACCUUAAAAGCAGCCGAGAAUCACUUGCUGCUGCAGCUAGUUAGCCAAAGCAGGACUUCUUCCAGAGUAGCUACGAAUUACAAAUCAACAUUUUUAUUUUUUGGAGUAUAUUCAGUGAGUCUCGAUGAGAAAUGCAGAACAAUUUUAUCCUUUUACAAUAGUACUGUAGUUGAUCACAUAUUUUUUGAUACCUGAAUAAUCCUUUGAUAAGUAGUUUCUCUUCUCCUGACUAAUAUCUGUGUUGUCAGUGAUUGUCUUCAUUAACCUCGGUGAUCACUGAGUGAUUUUAAUGGUUAGCAUGUUCUACCAAGAUUGUGGCUUUUUUCCCCCCUGACGAUCAAAAUUGAUAGAACUAACGAUGCAUUAUCGCUCAUUGUAGUAUGAACUCAGAGGGCUUCAGCCUUCUUUUACAGCAACCACUAUCCUCAUGUUAUAUAGUAAGGUAUAACUGUAUGCAGUGUGAAACUUUCAUUGCAUUUAUUAUUCUUAUGAGAUUGCCACAAACUUAAGAAAGGCAUUUAAUUUGACAGAUGCUUAAUGCAACCUUAUGUACAGUUAAUGAAUGUGUGUUUUGAAAAAGUACCUGCAUAUUUGUGUGUCGUUUUGUUUUUUUACACUGACGUACUGUAUCUGAGAAUUUGCUUUGGCUUAAACACGUCUUUCAAAGUUAUUGAUAUGCUUGAAUUUUAAAUUAUUUUUGAGCCGUGGUAACAUAAAAACAAAUCAAUUGAUGCACCCAAAAAAAUGCCUUUUUAAAAAAAAGAUCAUAAUUCUGACUGACACUGAUUUAAGGUGUCCUCUCCUGUUAUUUCUGAACUUCGAAGGCACAUUGUUUUUGAGCUAAAAGCAAAUCCAUUCCACAGCUCAGUGCCACAAAUUGCAUUGUUCUUAGCCCCAUAAGAUUAAAUACCAAUGGUCAACUUUUUCUGCUCAUACUUAACUGCUCUCCAUGAUAUUAACCAUGUCUUACCCCUACAUCUAUUUGAGUGCUAACAUGGACUGUUAAUCUUCUACGUGAUACAGGUAACAUUUGUGUCUUGUCCUUACAACUUGGCUUUCAGAAGAUUGUAAUAAAUAAAUGAUUCC